AUGUCGUUUGCUGAAGUCACUGCAGUAACUAUUGUCCCGGGACUCCAUUUGGUCACGUCUCCAUACGUCACAAUGGCAGUGCUGCUUCUUAUGGUUCAGCUUUCAUGCUGGCGAGCAGGCAGUUUUGUUGAUCCGUUUUUGCACCCGGUGCAUGUGUUGCGCCCCAAGCAUUAUUCAAGGUUCGGUCUGGGAGAGCAUCAGAGAGCAUGCUCAUUUUUCGGCAUCACAUCUUUGGGGAUUCGUCUUGCCUGCAGUGUGGCCUACACUGGCAUUUUUUUGCUGUUUGUAGUGUACCGUGUUGAACCCAUACUUUGUACAGAAAGAUCCUUGGUUGAAGCACACUGGGCUUACUACUACAAAUCAGAAAUUGACUCCGACCUCAAAAGGUGCAAUGCGCAAAGCAACAAUGUCAACAGCACAGCAUGUCGCACCAUUCGUGAUUUUGAGAGAAGGUGCCAUGAUCCCGCCUGGUGGUCCGAACAUCUGCGCAAGCAGGCCUUGGAAGAAGUCGGUUUGGCAUGUGACCGCAAGACCCAUGAGGUCACGAACUUUGCCCCAUUUCUGGCAAUGGGAUACAUCAAAGCCCAAUACUGCAUGGCUGCCAAUGGGACCCAAUUCAACUGCACAGAAUCUGCAAUGCCCAUGGAUACGAAACGUGACUUGGAUCUCGGAAUUUGGACUUCGGGCGAGAUAACACUUGACCAAGUGUGCACUUCAUGGCCUCCAGCGCCUUUCCAGUACUACUGCAACAUUCUAUUCGAUAGCACUGGCUUUUGUAGUUCUCCUGAUGAAAAAUCCUUGGUUUGGGACUCGAUCCUUUCCCGGUCUUGUGAACUGCACGAAUGUGCUGCCCUAUUGUCUGAUUGGCUUCAGGACACACUGGUCAAGUCAGAGAAGCUCAAUUUGUGCGAUUGCAAAUCUUGUAAGCAUUGGUCCAGGACGACCAUUUGUACGCUAGAGGAGGUAGACAUUGCAAACCGCAGACGCGCUGGUUUGCCUGAGUAUAUCAGUCUAGAUAUAGGCAUGAUGGCAGGUGAUCCAUGGUAUGGAGUACAGGUCUUUGCUGUUAUGCUCAUGGUGGCUUGGCCACUGAUAUGGUGUUUCGCCUCAGCGAUGUUUUGCUGCUGCAGUGGAAAUCCCUUCGCAGUGCCGUCGAAUGCGGAACUUCAAGAAAGCAUAGUUGCAGAAGAAGUGGCACUUCGCAAUGAGCUUCGAUCCAAUGGCUACAUUGCAAGAUCACCUGGCUUCAAUAGGCUUUUCAUGCUCAUCGAACUAGGUUUCUUUGUGGCUGACAUCAUAUUGGACUGUCAGAUGUUCUGGUUGUACCAGGACAGGCAGCAUUACUGGUUCGCAGCGGCACAGGGUUUUAUCAUUUUGCGAACAAUCAUUGAUUUGUCUCUGAAUCACGUUGUUUGUUCCUACAGGCUUCUGGCUGAUAUUUGGCAUUCUUUCAGGACGAAUUUACGAACGGAUUCUGUUUUGUUACUUGUGCAAAGCGAGAAAACAGGCGAAGCAGUCCUUUCAAUGUUUCUUCAAGUCUACGGUCUGUUUUACGUCACUGACCACACAAGCUAUUGGACCGCAAGCUUGUCAUUGAUCCUGAGUGCUGGUGGCAUCACCUACGGAUGUUACAUUUAUUUUGAUCUUGCUGUGGUUUUUGGCGAGACAUGCGCAGAGAUCGUGCCUUCACAAGAAGCUGCAAUCGAGCUGGAACCUGCUCAGGAAACCUGUGUUGGAGGGCGCCCACGCAUCACAUUACGCAAGGGGGUUGUAUUGCUGGCACUUCGCACCAGGCCCUUGGAAGAGUUACAAGAGCAUCUGGCCAACAUCAGGAGCUGCGCGCUGGCAUUAGCUCCGCCUCCGGACGAUGUGGGCGGCGCGCAGGCUCUCCAAAUUGUCUCGGCUCCAGUUUCUCCUUUGACAUCAGUUGUGGGUCAAGAACCAUCACCGUCCUCGGCUCCGGAACUGGGCAAAGACAAGGCCACUAGCUGGAACUCCAGGACUCUGGAAGCCGAGCCUCAGGCCGAGGCGGGGGAGGAUGGCAUGGCCAAGAUCGAGGCGGCGUUGGCGACGGCCGUGGUGGUGCAACAAAUCUUUACCUUUCUGGAGCUGGCGGGUGGUUCCGGGCGGCAGGCUGGCAACACCAUCACUGCGUUGCUGGGAAAGCUGCAGGAGUUGGCCCGGGAUCGAGAGCUUUGGAUCCAUCGCUGUCUCGCCGAGAAGGAGCUGCAGUACGCCAGCAGCCUUUGCAAGAAGGGCCUGCACGAAAGGUUUUUAGCCACUCCGCUGCCAGAGACUGCUGCGUGCAGAUGA